GUAGAAUCGUCGCAACGACGUGUCUAUAAACACGCAUUAUCACCAAAACAAUAUUUAAACAAUGUACGGUGUAAGUUUUUACUCGCGUGAAAAAUCGUUUUCCUUAUAAAUAAACGUGAAAUAUGUGGUAAUAAAUGAAAUGUGUGAAGUGGGAUAUAUUCUACACAAAAACAAUGGCAUUUCCAAUUUCAACCACUGCAUUCUCAAAUAUUUAGACGAAUUAGGAAAAGCACUUGCGGUUCAAUUCAACAAAAUGUGUGUUUUUUUCGCUUCUCUGUCUCAUGUCAAAAAACCGGCGACUUCAUGAUACUUAUACUUCGUAAUAAUAACAAACACGGUAAACAAACGAAAAUUGGUGCUGCUUCUACUCGAGGGAACGAAAAGACAACUAGAUUUGAUUAACUAUAAAACCAAACCCGAAUAUUCCCAUCAUGUACCAAGGACGAAACUCUGGUGGUGGAAACCACCGCAACCGAAAUUACCACCACCACCAUGGUCACAAAAACAAAGAGAGUUUGGAAGACAAGAGAAGAAGUGGAUUGGAACAUGUCGACCCAAACAGUCUAGUGAUAAAGCAAUUUAGAGCAUACGCAGCAGAGUUGGAUGACAAACAUGACCGCUAUGAGAGAAUAGUCAAGUUAUGCAGAGAUUUGACAAUUGAGAGCAAAAGAAUCAUUUUUUUGUUGCACACGCUCGAUAAGGAAACAAAAAGAGAAGCCGUCCUGGGAGAAGCAAAAUCUCGACUGGAUGUUUUGACUAAAACACUUUAUAAGAAUAUCGCCAUGGAAUUGGAUGGUCAAGAUCCAUAUCAGUACGUCAGAGCUUACAGAGGAGGAUUGCAAGAAUAUGUUGAAGCUGUGACCUUUUAUCAAUACUUACGAGACAAAACAAUUGAGGAUUGGAGUUACUUGGAGAAAAAUUUAGUUUAUUCAAUACCACCUCGGAAAACUGGUAAAAAGGACGAAGAAGUGCAAGAAGUGGAGACAACAAAAACUAUUCAAACCCUGGUCCCACCUGUUGAAUAUAUUCUUGGCAUUGCUGAUCUAACUGGUGAACUCAUGCGAAAAUGCAUCAACGAUUUAGCCAGCGGUGAUAUAAAUAGUUGCUAUAACACCUGUAACUUCGUCAGGGACGUUUAUAAGGGUUUCCUUGGUUGUGCUGGUCUUUCUGUCAAGGAAGUAAACAAAAAAGUCUACACUCUCAAGCAAAGCCUCAUUAAAAUGGAAAAUGUGUGUUAUGCUAUCAAAGUUCGAGGAAGUGAAAUGCCAAAACACAUGCUCGCAGAUGUGGCUAACUCCUUCAACGAUGAAUAUCCCGCUGACGACGAUGAAGGCUAUCAAGCUUAAUGAUGGUUAAAUCACAAACUCUGAUGGCGACGUUUGUAUCAUUGCCACAGGACAUUUCUUUUCUCAGUUCAACUCACUAUUUCCUUUUAUAAUUACACUAAAAAGCUGAUUCAGAUUUAAAUUUUUUUUUUUAUCAUUUUUGAGAAAGCCCAAUCGGUCGUAUUGAAGUAAAUUUAGAAAACGACUAAAUUAAAUCAUAAGAAAUGAAAUUGGUUUACGUUCCGAUGAUCUUGACUUCGGGCUCAUUAAAAAGUUUCAAAUUUUUCCAUGUUCUUGACGUUGAUAUAUUGAAAAUUUUAAACACACCUGACGAACGACUCACACAUUUUUUUUUUACUUACAACUAGAAUUCAGUUGUAUUCGUUUCAACGCUCACCAACAUUUUAAAAAAAAUGUUAAAGAUGUAUAAAUAAGACAUUUUGUAUACCCUGAUAAACCGUGUACAUGAAUACAUGUAACCAACAGACAAAAGAAUCUUUGGUAAGAACUUUGAAUAAUGAAACAUCCAAAGUAGCAUUUCAUAGUUCUUCAUUUUUCAUCAAAAAGUAUUCUCUUUGAUCACUCAACAUUUGGUUUUAGAACAUAAUCAAUGAAUGUAUCACACGAAGAGUUUUUUUUUUGUAGCUUUUUCUGCAAAUAAUAUUCGAGAAACUGAUCAUCGACUAAUAUAAUGUGAUGACGAGGUGGCACUGGACUGAGUCCUAAAGAUGACUUUCAGUGAAUUUUUAUAUUCUAAUAAUUAAACUACACAGAUAAGAAAAAAUAAAAUACAAAAUAGUA